AACAGACAGCGACUGCCUGAGAUACAGAGACUGCCUGAGCUACACUCAGAGACUGACUGAGCUACAACCAGAGACUGCCUGAGAUACAGACAGAGACUGACUGAGCUACAGACAAAGACUGCCUGAGCUACAACCAGAUACUGCCUGAGCUACAGCCAGCGACUGCCUGAGCUACAGUGACUGCCUGAUCUGCAACCAGCGUCCGUCUCUGAGUGGAGCCCCAGGGCCAUGGCGAGUGCGGCUCCCAGUGGUAGCGAGGCUCCAGGGGACUUGACCUGCCCCAUUUGCCUGGACGCCUUCCGCUGCCCCUGCACGCUCAGCUGCGGCCACUCGUUCUGCCUCAAGUGCGUGGAGGGCGCCUGGGAUUCGGCCAAGUCCUUCUCCUGCCCCCAGUGCCGAGUGACCUUCCCUCGGAAGCCCAAGCUGAGCAAGAACUUCACGCUCGCCAACCUGGUGGAGCAGCGCAGUGCCGCAGAGAAAAUGGCCACCGUGGUCUUGUGUGACUUCUGCAACGAUGGCACGACUGCUGCCUCGAAGACCUGCCUCAGGUGUGAUAUGUCAUAUUGUGUGACUCAUGUAAAGCCUCAUCAGGAGAACUCGAAGUUCAAGGACCACAUUCUGGUGGCUCCAGGCACGAAUCCUGAAGAACGUAAAUGCAAGAAUCACAGAAAGAGGAUCAAGUUUUACUGCCGACAGGACGAGAGUUUAGUCUGCACAACCUGUACCAUCGCAGGAGACCACAAGGGUCACGAUGUGGCUACGCUGGAGGAUGAGCACAAGACACAAGAGAAUCAAGUGGGAGAGGAGACGCGGGCGGUGAAGGAAAAGAGGAGGGAGGCGGAGGAGUCCGUGAGGCAGAUGGAGGCCGCUCGCAGGGACGUGCAGGGAUCCUUGACAGAUGAAAAGGCCUCAAUCUCUGGCAGAUUCGCCCGCGCGAGAGCAGCGUUGGAUGCAGAGGAAAAGGCGGCUUUAGAACAAGCGGAGCAGAAAGGGCGCGACCAGCUGUCCCAGAUCGAGAAGAAGAUCGCUCACUACCAACGCGAGAUCAGCGAGCUCCAGGCAGCAGCCACUCGCCUGCAGGCCCUAGUGCAGGAGAGGGACUCGCUCGCGUUCCUGCAGGGGCACCUGGAGCAGAAGCGCAGGAAAAAGACGACUUUCACUCACGACUCAACACAUGACAUGGGACUGAGUAUGGGGACAGGGAGGGCUACAGCAGCUCCAACAUCAGCUCCCAGCCAAGAGGACAUUGCCUCGCUUCAAGUCCUGGAGACAACUUCAGUCAAACUCCUGUACGGACGCUCACCGACUCUGGACACAAACUCAGCUCAUAACAAACUCCAGAUCUCCUCGGAUCUCAGGACGAUGACAGGGGUCUGUGCCUCCCAGGGUCGCCCCGAUCACCCACACCGGUUUGAUGGCUGUGCACAAACCCUGUGCUGUGAGAGCUUCUCGUCGGGCCACCACUACUGGGAGGUGGACGUGGAGGACGUGCGGUAUUGGCGGGUUGGAGUCACGUACGGGACAAUCCCACGGAAAGGGGGUAAUGCUGCACAGUUGCUGGGAGAGAGCGACGCGUCCUGGUGUUUACAGAAAUAUGAUGACAACUUCUCAGUGUUUCAUGGUGGAGUGAAGACUGCACUGUCGGUGAGGGGGGCCCCCUCCCCCCGCAGAAUCGGGCUUCACCUGCACUGGGAGGGGGGGCUCCUGGCGUUUUACCGCGCCGACUCCAUGGAGGUGAUCCACGAGGUUCGGCAGAGAUUCUUGCAGCCUCUCUACCCUGCGAUGUGGGUGAGGUGUUUGAAUGAUCGAUUGAAGAUCGUGGAUCUGAGUCGUGCAUCCUGA